CCAGCUCUGAAAUUGAAAUGGUCCAGCGUGCCGCUGAGUGUGGAGGGGGAAAGACAGAUCCUUCCAUUCAUUCAUCCAUCCAUCCAUUCAUCGAAUCUAACGGACCUGCUCCUGCGGCUGCAUGAUGGACGGUCCGUGCCAGAUGAAGAGCGAUAGCGAAGAGGUAAGAACAGCGCAACACUCAAUCCUCUGUGUGUGGCAAUGUCUGUGUUCGGCAGGUGGUUCGUAUUCUCGGCAUUUCGCCGCAUCUACUCGACUCCAGGUCAGCGAAAGGUGGUAGCGUGAUGCUCCUGAUGGGUUGGAUGUUGCAAUUGCAAUGCGUGUUUCCGUCCAUCCAUCAGCCAUGACAAGUGUUUCUGUCCGAAGUGCUACGACCAGCCUGCGAACCAGUCCUACACCAGGUCAACAUACAAAGAACAGACUUCCAAACACCACCUUUGCACCACGCGCUAUCUGCCCUUCUUCCCUCUCUGUUUAUGCAUGGUCAGGGGUGAGCCGCCGGUGCCCUACAUGCCCCCUGUCGGCUGGUAUUGGCUGGGCAUCAAGCUGACGCCGGAGGAGGCCAGGAGGUUCAACGAGGGGUGGGUGCCAGCCUACCACGGCACCAAGCGCAAGAACGUGGAGCCCAUCGUCGAGAGCAGAGCUCUGCGCGUGCCCACAUCGCUGGCCGAAAAGUCGGGUGCAUGGGCCGGGACGGGGAGAGGCAUGAGCUGGCGAGACUUCUGCCGCACAUAUCCUGGGGAGGUGUACUGUUUCUGCUCGCCGCACACCCACACUGCAGUGGGAUACGCCGAGCACUUCUGGGUCAGUGAGUUGACGGACGGGCACGGCAACUGCCUGUGGGCGGGUGGAUGGGCGUGGCGUGGCUGCGAUAUGUGUGUUCAGGUUAGCGGGCAAGAUUUUUUGGCAGUUUUCCAGCUGUUGGUCGACCCCGGUGCGUUCGUUGUCAAUGACGGCAUGGACCAAACCGUCUCUAGCAGAGGUGCGUGCCACGGAGCAAAGUGACAGGCGACAAAACCCAUGCGAUACAUGUAUCCUCUUUUCAUUCUGCAGCGUCACCUGUAGGCCGCAUUUUGCACCACACAUACACACUUCACACAUGUACGUGUGAGGGCCAAUGCUAUGUAUGUGUGUUGCUUGAUUGCACAGAGCACGGCACCGAUGCAUCCGAUGUGGACUGAGUGGAAGUCCAACAAGCCUGGCCGCAACCUCGUCUACGGUCUUCUGGUCUGUCCGUCAACCUCGCCUGCUGCUGCCGGUGUGGGUGCGAUGCACUUGGGGGGUAUUUUGCCGCCGCUCAAGCAGGGGUAAGACAGACCGCUGAGCUCAUCCGUCCGCCCACCCAGAGCUCAUCCGUCCGCCCACCCAUUGCUGUUCGUUCCCUCUCUGCAGUGGGGGUCAUCGGCUGGGCGGCGAGAGCGCAGCCAUGCGAGGUGAGCGACCCACCCACCCACCCCAUGCCUCUCUCAUGCCUCUUGUUGCCUUCUUGGUUGAUGUCUCAGGUCUGACGGCGCGUCAAGCGGCUGCCCGUGCGGCCGAGAAGCGCCUGGCAGACAACCCCCCAAGGGCACUACCACCAGCAGCAGCACGCAAGCGAAACAGACGCGAGGGCGACCAAGCAUCGAGUGCAGCAGCAGCAGCAGCAGCUACUGGUGCUCGUGUGGGCGAGGAGGCAGAUGACGAGCUCCUCAUCCUCGACGCAGCACCGGCCGGCAAGCGCUUCAAGGACAGCGGCGCCGCUGCGGAUGGGCGAGGGGGUGGCGGGGAGUGGGUGUGUGGCAUGUGCACUCUGGUCAAUCCUGGCCGGUUUUUGUGCUGUGACGCAUGUGGCACAGAGAGGGACAUGUUUGUAGCUUGAAUGACUGAGUGAACAGUGCAUGAGUGUGCCUGGGUCGUGGACGGGUUGAUCGGUUGAUCGCUUGGUUGGUUGGUUGACGUGACUGUCUUUUGGGGCCACUGGCAGCGAUGAUCGAAUUGAUUACACACAAGGAAGCACACACACGCAGGAGGCAUGCAUGCAACAGAAGCGCAUGCCCAAGAGCAGCUAACGAAGGUUUCGUUAGCUCCACAGAUGCCGAUGCAUUUGUCGAAGUCGAUGGGUCUGUCGAAGAGAAGAAAACGAGGAUUGGCGAGAUUGUGUACCUACGUCUUCAAUCCCUCUCCUUAAUCACUUGUGUGCAGGGCCUUCUACAGGGACUCCACCAACCCGACUGACGACUCUCGCGACUUUGAAGACUAUAUCACCGUGCCGCGGUCAGCCCGCUGACGUGGUGAGUGCGUGUGCAGCAGUGCGAAAGACACGACAAGCAUUACAAAAAACUUUAUGAAACAAACGCCUCCGUGUGGUUGUAUUCAUAUCAUGCAGUUCAUAUCUGUCUUCUCGGACAUUGACGAAUGCAUCCCGGCGCCCUGUAGGAUGUGUCUCUCUGGUGGGGCGGACCGACGGAAGCUGCGCGUCGACCGUCUUUGAUAAAUCGAUCACGUGGGAACCUGGCUGCCUGGCUGCCUGCCUGCCUGGCUGCCUGCCUGCCU